AUGCCUUCCCGCAGAACCGCGGCCCAAGCCACCGCCAGUACUGGUCAAGGUCGCUCCAAGUCAAUUACCGCUGCGAAGCACACUCAACACUCUCCUAUCGCUGGUCAUGAUGGUUCUCUAUCAGAUACUCAAGAUGUAGACCUUUACACACCAUUGAUUUCCUCGCCAAUAGCAAAGACUGCGAAACAAAGGCACUGGAGGAUUGUUCAUCGACGAUGCUUGAAAGGGUUCAAGGAAGCCGAUCAAGACCGAGACCAGCUCACACGAUCCAUACAGCAACUAGAGGAGGACAACGCCCAAGCCCAAGCAGCAAUUCGCCAGCUGAGUGACACCAAUAACCAGAAUCUGGCCAAGGUUCAAACGCUCGAGUUCGAAAUAUCCACUCUGAAACAGCAACUCGAGUUUGCACAAGCUUGUUGUACGACCGGCGAUAAUCUGUUACCCAUACUAUUGGAGGUCAGCGGCAAUUUCCAACAAGCGCAGAACCAGCUCGAGAAGAAGAUAGAGAAGGAGAGAAAUGCUGAGAAAAAUAAGUCUGCAUUUGCUGGAUUGUCUGAUUCUGAUGUGCUACGAGGCUCAUGGACAGCUCAUAACGGGCAGGUGGCCUCGUUUGGUACCAACCCGCUCCCAAACUAUCCACUGUCGAAUACCCUUACGUCGGUCAAUCAACAAGCGCCGGUCCAGUUCUGUCAGCCGCCUCUUCAGCAAGCGCCGGUCCAAUUCAAUCAGCAACCUCUCCAGCAAGCCAGCCAAUAUAUAUCGCAAUUCUGA